UUUCUCUGCUCUCAAAAUCUAUCGCUUGUUCCUCUCUAGCUGAGCUGAAUCUGUCUUGUAUUGCUGACUCUAUAUCGGACUUUGCGUCGUCUCUUUUUUUCUCCGGGAACAGUUGUAUAAUCGAACUUGCUCGAUUCGUAUUGAUUUGGAGAUUAAUUUGUCAUAGAUGAUUUCGAUUUUGAACUGUGCAUGCUUUCCUGAUCAAUUUUCGAUGAAUCGAAAUCCAUAAUCCAUGAACUAUUGAACUUGUUAGCUGAAAAAAGCUGGUGACAAUUGAGUAUUCUAAAUUUAGGUGGCAAAAACCUAAUUUCUAUCUGGCAAAAUACAGUUUCAAGAUUAACAGAUCAACCAACAAUCUGUUAAUCUUGUUGAUUCAGUGAUGAAUGUGUUUGAUUGCAAUCAAUUUUCAAUUUACCUAAAAAUCGAAUGUGUUUUUUUUUUUCUUUUUUUUUUGGGUUCUUGUGGUGAUCAGAGCAGCAGCCAACAGGCCUUGGCUAGACCAGCAAGUCGUUUUUGCUGGCUAGCAGAGAUUUUGCGUUUGUGAUCUUGAAUUUUUUUCCACAUGAGCCCUCAAAGCGUAUCGAAGACGAGCAAAUCCCUUGAGGGUCUCCAUGGGGUUCAUGUGGUGUCCCAUUCGCCUUUCGCAUUCGAGGGCAUCAGCCAAGUAUCUAGCUUUCAAUCCUCAGAUGCAAGAACAAAGCAGAGUCUAUUCAUUGAACGUGUCUGGCAACAAAGGCCACCAUGCCUGAGACCUAUCCACUGCUGCAUCCACGGUGAUCAGAGUCUCUUAGAAACAGCUGCUAAUGUGAUCACAUCGCUCCCUUUCAUUUUCCUCGGUAUGCAGACCCCAAGGAAAAACCUGAACAUGAAGGUGUAUGCAAACUCCUUAAUCGGAGUUGGAGUCGCGUCGAGUUUGUAUCAUUCUUCGAGAGGGAAGUUGAGGAAGUAUCUGCGUUGGGCUGAUUACACAAUGAUAGCCACAGCCACAGUAUGUCUAUCAAGGGCUCUUAGGGAAGAGAAUCCAAAGUUCUUGAUGGCUGCAUCAGCUUUGGCUCUACCCUUCCAGCCUCUCGUGGUUUCAGCUGUUCACACCGGAAUGAUGGAGGUAGCAUUUGCGAAAAGAGCCUUAAAGGAUCCAGAUUUGAAAACUGCUCAUAACGUACACAAGAUGUCUACAUUGUUGGGUGGAGCUUUGUUCAUAGCUGACGAUCUUUUCCCUGAAACACCAUUCAUUCACGCCGGUUGGCAUCUCGCUGCAGCCAUUGGCGUUGGGACUUGCAAUAAGCUUCUUCAGUAGUUCCACAAUACCAAAUAUAUAUUGGGUAGUUGUGGAACUACUGCCAUAUUCUUGGUUCAGAGAAACCACGGUUUCACUGAGCUCAUUAAUCAGCCGACAUAGCCUUUGUAGUGAUCUUAUCUUCAGUGUAUGUGUAUGGAACCAAAACAAGUCGCUUGUAAUCUUUAGAGAGCCACUACUUUUGUUUUCUUUCUUGGAUACAUUGAAAGUAGCUUGUAAUCUUUAGAGAACCAGUACAUUACAUGUGCGUCUCUGUCUUAGAUC